AUGGCUAAACUAUCAAAGUGGCUCAAAGGAAAUCUCAAGGAUAACGUUAAGGAAACAUUUGAAGCGACUAUCGAACAUCUGCUUAAGUUAAAACCUCCCGUAAAAAAGGGCAAUAAAAGACAGGCCUUGAUGUCUUCAUUACAAGCUUUGAUGAAAAAUGACGAAUCCGUACGUGAAGAAUACGAAUCUCUAAAUGCGUGGGUUAACGUUAAUAAUUCUGAGAAAGAGAAGAAGGAGAAAAAUUUAAAGAUUGUUGAUAAAGAACACCAGGCUAUGUUCAAAAAAGCUCGUGUUGUUCAGUACAAUAUCUCUUAUGGAGCAGGUUCCGCACAAACGCAAAAUUCAAACAAUAUCGUGAGGGAACAUGAAGUUUCUACAAACAUUAAAGAAGCUCAGGAAAUAAAUCCACUAAAUGGACAGAAAGUAAAAGAAGAGAUAAAUGGGCAGAAAGUAAAAGAAGAGAAAGUAAAAGAAGAGGACAACUUAUUAUCACGAAUUCCGCAUGAGUUUUCAUUCUCGGCAUCCAAACAAGGUUCUUAUGUGGAACCAAUUUUAGAGCAUGUCGAGAAAGCGCUUUUCAGAUUUGUUGUAAAGAAUCAGGACUACAUUCCUUCUGACACAGUAAAAGAAUUCGCGCUUAAAUGCAACCCCCCGCGAAAUAUUGAUUUUUCGGAUGCAGACAUAUUGUGUCUUUUAAACUUCAUUACGAAACAUAUUUCCUUGUUUAUGAUUCCACAUUCCGACAAAACGCUGUUUUAUGGAGAAUAUAAAUCAAAACCUUUAGAAGUUCUUCAAUCUUUUGAAAUCGAGGCGAGGAACCGCCAUGCGCACCUUAUAACAAAAUCCAAAGGAAAAUGGAACGAUGAAAAAUUACAAUGGCUCUCAACCUUAGCAUUAGAGUUGGUCGAUUGUCUUGGGGACGAGGAUGCAUUUAAGUCGUUGUUGGUGAUAAAACGGAAUCUGAGUUCUGAACUCACGGAACAAAAUGAAGAGAAGACACGAAAACAAUGA